AUGUCAAAUACGGACAUCAGUGAUCUGAGUGGGAUCUUGUCUUUUGUUCAUGAUGCUCAAGGUUAUAUCAAUACAAAGAGUUGUGAGAUAAGAAGAUCACAGCAUGGAGGGCUUGGUGUUUUUGCAUUGGAUGAUCUAGAGGAAGAUACCAUUUUGCUUAGGUUACCAAAGUCAUCUGUUUUCACACCAGAAAAUAGCAGCAUUGCUAACCUACUAGUUGACUCAGAAUUGAGCGGAAUAUUAGCAUUGAACAUUGCAUUUAUAUACGAGAUGUUCGUAUUCGGAGAGGCCAACCUUUGGUACAAGUAUCUUAAGAGUAUCACUUUUAAGCAUGGGGAUAAACUAUAUUUGCCUCCGGCGUACUGGAGCGAAGAAUAUAAGCGAUUCUUAAAGAAUACGUGUUUGGACACUGUAUUCGAAGCCUUAUCGCCUCAGGAUGAGAUCGAAGAAGGUUUCAAAGUAGGAGUUGCAUUAUCGCAUAAGUGGAAUGAAGAAUUUGGAUUAAAGAUACCUUAUAUAUUUGACUUUGAUCUUGACAAUGAAGCUGCGACUGCUAAAAACUUCAUGGAGUUUGUUGCUAUUGCAUAUGCAAUUUCCUCGAGAGUUUUCGAGAUAGACAAUUAUCAUGAUUCUGGAUUAGUAGUCAUAGCGGAUCUUUUCAACCAUCAUUCCUCAAGUCCCGAUGUCCGGUUUGAAAGUAUCUACGAUGUGUGUGGUAAGUGUGGUGAGAUGGGUGCAUGCAGACACAUUAUAGCAGCCACUAAAAUCAUGGAUAUGGAGGCGCAGAAGAGCGAAUCCGAUGUACCAAAGGGUUCUGGCCCUGGCACUGGCACUAUUAGCAUGGAACUUAUCGAAGAACUUGAAAACGAAGAGGAGGACGACGAGGAUGGAGACGAGGAUGGAGACGAUGAGAAGGAAAAGAUACAGAUGCCUGGUAAAAUAAAUCCCGAUGAGUGUGUCGAUAUCGUGCUUUCGAAACCGGUUGACGCCGGCGCCGAAAUUUUUAAUUCAUAUGGGGAUCAUUCGAAUUCCUAUUUGCUAGCACGAUACGGGUUCUGUGUAGUCGACAAUCCUCAUGAUGUGGUUGAUUUAUCUGAAGAGGUUUUGGAGUAUGGUAAGAAGAACCAAAAGCGUAUCGGAGAGAGAAUGGAAUGGUGGGAGAACGGUUUACACUUGAGUUUCAAAGAAUGGUACCAGGCCUCUAGACAGGAGAUUCAAGAUGAAGAAGAGGACCAAGAAGAAGAGACAAGUACAGGAGAACAAGAUCAGGACAACGAUGAUGAAGAUGAAGAUGAAGAUGAAGAUGAAGACGAAGACGAAGACGAGGAGGAGGAGGAGGAGGAACUCGAUGCUUGGCAAUUUAUGUACCUCGAUUUUGACGGAAAACCAAACGAAAUAUUGCUUGCAAUCAUUAACCUACUUACAAUGCCAUCUGCCGCCUACAAAAAAUUCCUAUCGGCCAAGGACGAUUCCUCGAAACUGCUCAGGAAACUUCCACAGUUAGAAUCGCCUCUUUCAAAAGAAGGUAAAUCACUACUAAAAACAUUAUGCUCUUCUAAAAAGUACGCUAAUAUCCCCGGAACUGAGGGCGACUAUAACCUUGACCAGAUCAGAAUACUUGUAUCGUCAGAACGCAGUAUCCUUCGCAAGGCAAUGUCAUAA